AUGGAGAUGAACCAUUUGCCUCCUGUAGAGCUGACCUUCCCACCCAUUGAUGAAACCUGCCCUGCUCCCGUAUCAAAGGUCGUCUUUGCGCACGAUUACGGGCAGGACGACGAGACACUGCUUAAUGCGAGUGAUGCCUUAUGGGCUCUUGAAGCACGUAAAGUGCAGUCAAAUUUUGGGUGCGAGAUUGUUCGACCCAUGGAUGCAGACCGCGCACGAGUUUCCGAAUGCAUGAGUAAGAGUGGUGUCUCGCACCUGAGCGAUGCUGUGGAGGAUUUUGAGUUCGUUCUGGACCGGUGUCCAGUCAGCCACACUGACUACGCAGCUGCUCUCAGCAAUGUCACAUGA